AUGGGUACUUGUAGCUAAGGAUAGAAUAUUGAGAAUAAUAAAGGAAAUGAUAGAACAAUAACGAAGUUAGUGGGGUAUUUUUACAGUAUUCCAAUGCAACAACAUCCAGACAUUGAUAGUUUGGUAAUUACAAAAUUAGAGAGAUAAAAAAUAAUUUCAAGAGGAUUAAGUAAGAAUCUCAUUGAAGAAAUCGUAUUCUUUCUAAAUUCUCGAAAGAUAAGGAAUAGUGAAUAAGACAAUUUACUUGAUCAUUUUAAUUAUGUAUACAACUAAUCAUUUAAGAAAAUGAAUGACUUUAAUACAAACCUGGGGAAAAUGAUAUUGAUUGUAAAACUUUUAUAAUAAGAUAUGUAAGACCACCAUCGAAGUCUUAUUAUGUUUUAAGUCUCUUGAAAUGGGAGAGUUGACUCCAGUAGAUGUAUGGUGGGUAGAAGAUCAUUUUUUAUGGAGGUAUUGCCAAUUAUAAGAUCAGUAUAAAGUAGAAUAUGACAAUUUUUUGGAUUUCAAUUAUCUAAUCAAAUUUAUGUAUCUUUUAAAGGAGUGCACAAGAAUUGAAUUGAAAAAGAUGAAUUUUGAAUUAAAAUAAUUGAUCAGUUCCAUAAAGACUGAACAUUAAUAAUUAUAAUAAGAAAUCCCAAACACAGCUAGAACUGUAGAUAGUUUUAGACCAUAACAAAAAAGAUUAGAUACAUUUUGA